UCUUUUCUUCUAGCUUAUUCUGCAUCAAGCUUGAAACAGUUCAUGAUAACACCCCUGCUAUGUAGAAUGUAGCAAUUGUUUUUUCUUUUUUUCUUGAAACUUGCUGAUUAACUAGAGAUGGUUCUGCACUUUUCUAAUGGUCACACCUGGAAGAGUCUUUGCUAUGCAGGUUAUUUGCAUGAAGCACAAAGAGCAGAUCCAUAUCCAUGGCGUGUGUCUUCUCAAUCUUGUGUUAUUUCAUUUCAGCAUGUAUAACUGUCCCAAAACUGUUGUGCGUCUUUCGUCUUGGAAACCAUGUGUUUUAUUUAGCUAAAGUGAUGUGACCCGCGGUACCAUGAACAUAUUAUCAUAUGUGCACUUGGGAAACUGAGUGUGCUUCUUUUUUGUUAGAUAAGACUAGAAUCUAGCUGUCAGUGGUAUGGAUACAUUAUCUAUAAUGAUGUGUUAGCAUUCUCGCUAUUUGUUUUUUUGGAAGGCAAAAGUUGUUGUUUCCGAUUUGGGCCUCAAAUCACUGAUUGAUACAUUAUCUCAUGUGCUUUUGUACUGUUUAGUUCUCUUUGUUAUGUAAUGUGCGCUUAUAAUAUACCGUUUUCAUCUAGCCUAUUUUCUGACAAGCUUGAAAUAGUUCACGCUAACACCCCUGCUAUGUACUAGAAUGUAGCAAUCCCUUGCUUUUUUCUUCUUGAAACUCGUCAAUUCUAGGCACACAUUUUUUGUACCAAUAUUGCAAAUUUUAUGUAGAAUGUAGCGAUUGCUUGUUUCUUUCUUAAAACUUGUGGAUUGUAGAUGCACAUUUGUUUGUACUACAACAGCACAAACUGAAAGUUUAAGGUUCCAUUUUUAGGGCUUCAUUUUAGACCAUGCACCACAGUCCAGGGUCUAAAUAGGAUUUAUUUUCCCUUUGAAACAAUACACUUUACUUAUCGUUCACCAGCUCUGAUAGCAUUCGUAUGUAUAUUUUUGUAAAAACAAAUUUGGUUUUGUUUUACACGACAUGGUUAAGAACAACUCACCUAUGGCUGGUAACCCCAUCCCAAGAUCAAAGCCAGGUUUGACGCACUCUCGUGUCCCUAUAAAAGUGGAUUAGUUUUUCAGUAGGAGGCGACGUUCUUGUCGAUAGCAGGCGCUAUUGGGGACUUUGUCAAUCUUGAACAUCUGUAAAUGCAGUCAUCAGUAGACACUGUGUCAGUGUGUUUGUGUGUGAGCGCACACCUCUACGUUUUAGUUGGUAUUUCUUAAAAAUAAAGCAUCCAUUACGACAUUGAUUAUGAGAAAACCAAUCACUUCAAAAAGGAUCAUGAGAUAACCAACCAUUCGAAGCAAUGUCCCUUCAAGAUUUUUUUUGAGAGGUGAUUCUUUGUAUUUUUGGUAACUGUGGAAUUUGUGAUCUGUUUAUAACAAGGCAUGGUGGAGUAGUAAAUAGCUGGAUACUUAACCUCUCAACAUCCCACUAAGACCUAACUGACUUAAUGAAGGCUCAUCAGUGGCUUAAUUGGGACAGGUAGACUAAUCUAUCGUGAGCAUGACUGGUUUUACCCACACUUGUUUACUUGCAUGGUACUACUAUACUAGUUCAGGAACCUCCUAAGAUUUUUACUGCCAACUCAUGGAACCUCAUCCUAUGGUUUUUACCUUGUGGAGGUAUGCAAAAAGAAGAGGAUAAUGAAACUUUCCACUGCAAAUGCGCCCUUUAGAAGCCAGGAUAAAUAACUGCGCUGUUGCCCGGCCAGGCGCUGUGCCGACUGCCGGUGCCGGAAGAAGGAAAAACAAAGAUCCGGUAGGUGGACAUUUGGCAACUGCUGCUGCUGCUACUAGUAGAACCUUUCAGCCGGCCGCAGCCACCAUCGUCUCACUCACUCCCACUCCCCGCCCCCGCCAUUCUCACGUCUUUCUCCUCCCCCUCCUCCUCCCUUUUCACCACUUCAAGGUUCGUCAGGCAAUCACCGGCAGGGACCUUCCUCCGCUGGAGCAGCGCAUGGCGUCGCGGCGCGCCGCGCACCGCCGGCUCAUGGGCACGUCGUCGUCGUCGUCCCCGGCGCCGUCGGGCGACGGCGAGGCGGCUGCGGGGCGCGGGUCGAGCCAGGAGGCGAUGAAGAUAAUGGUGUCCGUGCUGGUGGUGGUCAUCUUCUGCACGCUCUUCUACUGCAUCUACUGCUGGCGCUGGCGGAAGCGCAACGCCGUGAGGAGAUCGCUGCUCCAGAGCCUGCGGCCGAUGUCGAGCUCCGACCUGCCGCUCAUGGACCUCGCCUCCAUCCACGCCGCCACCGACAACUUCUCCAAGGCCAACAAGCUCGGCGAGGGCGGCUUCGGCCCUGUCUACAGAGGCGUGCUGACGGGCGGGUCGGAGAUCGCGGUGAAGCGGCUGUCGGCGCGGUCGCGGCAGGGCGCGGCGGAGUUCCGGAACGAGGUGGAGCUGAUCGCCAAGCUGCAGCACCGCAACCUGGUGCGGCUGCUGGGCUGGUGCGCCGAGCGCGACGAGAAGCUGCUCGUCUACGAGUACCUCCCCAACCGCAGCCUCGACGCCUUCCUCUUCGACGCAAGCAAGAGCGCGCAGCUGGACUGGAAAACCCGGCACAGCAUCAUCCUGGGCAUCGCGCGCGGGCUGCUCUACCUGCACGAGGACUCGCUGCUCAAGGUCGUCCACCGGGACCUCAAGGCCAGCAACGUGCUCCUCGACAACAAGAUGAGGCCCAAGAUCUCCGACUUCGGCAUGGCCAAGAUCUUCGAGGACGAGUGCAUCGAGGUUAACACCGGCCGCGUCGUCGGAACCUACGGGUACAUGGCGCCGGAGUUCGUGAUGGAGGGCCUGUUCUCGGUGAAGUCGGACGUGUUCAGCUUCGGGGUCCUUCUCAUCGAGAUCCUCGGCGGCAAGCGGAACGGCGCGCUCUACCUCGAGGAGCACGAGCAGACCCUCAUCCAAGACGCAUGGAAGAGCUGGACGGAGGAGAAGGCGGCCGAGUUCAUGGACCCGGCGCUGGGGCGGGCCUACUCCAAGGAGGAGGCGUGGCGGUGCUUCCACGUGGGGCUCCUCUGCGUGCAGGACGACCCGGAGCUCCGGCCGACCAUGUCCAGCGUACUGCUCAUGCUCAUCAGCGACCACAUGGACCUGCCCGCGCCGGCCAGGCCGCCCAUGUUCACCCGGCUGAGGACCUUCCCGGCGGCGAUGAUCCCCUUCUCCACCAAGACCGAGUCCACCUUCUCGCCCCAGUCCAUCAACGACGUCUCCAUCACCGUCGUCGAGCCGCGAUGAGGUUGAUGGCGCCCUUUUGUUGUUGUGUACAUACUGCUAGCAGCUGAAAUGUUCUUCCAGAAGGCCGGCCGCCGUUGGAUUUUUGUAGUUAUGGUGAAAGUGCGUACACACCGCGGCACAAAGCUUCGUGCAGACGGUGACAGAGUGAGAUCCAUGGCGAAUUGGGUACACAUGAUUGGGUUGUUUUUCCCGUUGAUUAAUUCCUGUGUCAAGAAAAGAAAAGAACCCAUUGGCAUAGAAACAGUUCUUUUUUCCCUUC